AUGGAAAGAUUUUGCAAAAGCUUGUUUUGGCGUUCAGAUGCUGGCGCAGUUCAGAAUACACUGGACACCAUGGUAGACAGUGUGAAUGCGACCACCGAACUAAUCCAGCGGAAGCACAACCAAUAUGUUAUGGAGCGCAAGUCGUUCCAGACUGAAAUGGAAGUUACUGGAAGGAUUUCAGUAGAGCCAACUGAAGACCUGCGUUCCACUCGGCUUAAAUCUGUCAGCACCGAGGAUAUGCAAAAAGAGCUCGUCAAACUGAAAGACGAUCAGAAGCAAAAUGCAGUAACAGAUACCUUAGCUGCCUUGGUUUAUGACAUCGAUGCAACAGCUGAAGUGCUACGACGUGGAUCGCUGAAGAAAAAGAAAAAAAUCAUCGGAGAGGAGAUAACUGGUUACAAUCUACGCAUUACUCCAGGACCGGAAGAAGAAGCCGUCCCCUUCCCAUCGCCGAAACCACGUCCAGUUGAUGUGGACAGUUUUACGCUCGAAAGAGUUUCACGUGACUAUGGUGUCGAUAUCUCCGAAUCACAAACAAGCAGCGUGAAGAAACGUGCACGAUCCGAGACGCCACGCAGAACAAUCAAUAUUGAGGGAUCGCCUCCACCAAGCGCACUGCCAAUUUGCUCAUUCUGCUCAGAGGCAAUCGAGGGCCCGAUCAUUACGGCGCUGGCGCCGAACUCAUUUCAAGCCCAGAAGUUUCAUCCAUAUCACUUCAUGUGCACUUACUGCCAGAAAGCACUGAAUCUACGCGGGACAUAUCGGGAACACGAGCGAAAACCGUACUGCCAUGAAUGCUUCUAUCGCUUGUACAAUGGCCUGAUCUAUGCUCCAGAUGAGAAGCAGGCCAAAAUCGAAAAACUCAUCUAG